GCUGCCAUGACGACAGGCGACUGCUGCCACCUCCCCGGCUCCUUGUGCGACUGCCCGGGAAGCGCCACCCUCUCCAAGGCGGUGGAGGACUCAGAGCUCGGGCGCCCGCAGUACGUCACGCAGGUCACCGCCAAGGACGGCCGCCUCCUCUCCACGGUCAUCAAGGCGCUGGGCGCGCAGAGCGACGGUCCCAUCUGCCGAAUCUGCCACGAAGGUGGAAAUGGAGAGGGGCUGCUCUCCCCGUGUGACUGCACAGGAACCCUGGGCACCGUGCACAAGAGCUGCCUGGAAAAGUGGUUGUCCUCCUCCAACACAAGUUACUGUGAGCUCUGCCACACGGAGUUUGUUGUCGAGAGAAGACCGAGGCCUUUGACAGAG